CCCGUAACUUACUGACGAGUUUAGUAGGCCAAACUAACUUCAAGGUAGUCCCGGGUAGUUGACUAGUCAAGUAGCCAGGCCAUUCUUUGCCUGCUAGCGACGGAGCUGGAGUAGUUAGCCCGCCCUGAAUUAUUUAUUAAUUCAUCAUAGGCUGAAUUUAAACCUGAUGAUCCUCGGCGACAGUCGCCAUCUGUUUUCCCUCCCUCUUCUUCGCCCAUCGUCACAAACAUGCCCCAGCCAGAUGGGGACCAGCACAUCCAGGUAGACACAAGCGACGAGGACUCUCUUCUAGACUCAGAAUCUGUACUCGGGUCCAACCUCACCACAAUCUCGUCGGUGCGAGACUAUUGCUACGAAAAUGGCCGUCGAUAUCAUGCCUACCGCUAUGGGCAGUAUCUCAUGCCGAACGACGAAGAAGAGCAGGAUCGUCUCACGUUGAUGCAUCAUACCUUCAAGCUUCUUUUAGGGGGCGAUUUGUUUCGUGCUCCCAUACACCAACCCCGGCGCAUUCUUGAUGUCGGCACCGGCACCGGCAUCUGGGCCUUGGAAAUGGCCGAGGACUACCCCAAUGCGGAGAUCAUAGGCACCGACUUGAGUCCAAUCCAACCCAGCUGGGCACCACCGAACUGCACCUUCCUCGUCGACGAUGCGGAGAGUGAUUGGGCCUACACCAAAGCGGAAGCAUUCGACUAUAUUCAUGCCCGCAGCUUGGGUGGCAGCAUCGCGGACUGGGGACGGCUUCUCAGUCAAGCUUAUGAUCAUGUCAAACCGGGGGGCUGGGUAGAAUGUCAAGAAUCCGAGGCCUGGAUGUCAUCCGAUGACGGCACCUGCAAAGAUGCGGUGAUGAUCCGGGCUUUGCAGCAGAAGUUGGAAGAGGGGAGCAGCAAAUUUGGGAAGCGGAUGAACAUUGCGCCUGAAGUCCGGGGUUAUAUGCAACGCGCCGGAUUUAUAAACGUUUCAGAUGACGUAUAUAAGUGCCCGAUAGGCACGUGGCCGAAGUCCCCGCGUUUAAAAGAAAUCGGACGAGUGGGCAAAUUGGCGGUUUACGACUCGAUCGAGCCAUAUGCGCUUGCUCUCUUCACUCGUGUCCUGGGAUAUACACCGGAGGAGGCUCGGGACUUUGUGCAGAAAGUGCAGGCGGAGCUUGUCAGCUCGAACUACCAUAUCUAUGUUUCUUUCCAUUUCGUGUAUGGACAGCGACCUUUGCAUGGAUGACGACGAUACGAUAAUACCUGACGGCCGUGGUACUCCUUGUGAUUCCCCUUUGCUCUCUUUUACAUUUGGUGUCUGAUCAUGGGCGGAUGCAUUUCUCAUUAAGAUACCUCGUUUCGGGCACAUAUAUCAACCUU